UGCAACAAGAUGGCGGUAAACGCGAAGUUUUGACAUGUCUAAACCUAUGCAUAAUUUUUACUCUGCUUAGUGUACGAAGGAGUGAAUUCUAAAAUGGACAACAUCUGGCAGAGUCCCUAUGUGAAUGUUUUUAAACAUUUCAAUUUGGUGGCAUGGAAGAAAGCUGCAAAAGAGGGAGAUGUUGCUUCAUCAAUGGACAAAAUUGUCAAAGGCACAGUCUACCGUAUCACAGGUAGUGUUCCUGCAGGAAAUUUCAUUCAGCUCCCAAAGACGAAUACACAGUCUCUAGGAUUGACAGGCCGCUAUUUCUACUUGUUGUUCAGACCAAUGCCUUCCAAGCACUUUGUUGUUCAUAUUGAUGUAGCUACGGCUGACAAUCUUGUGAUCCGCAUAUCAUUUUCAAAUUUAUUCAAAUCAUUCAAGUCUACUUCAACAUGGCUUCAGUUUCCAUUCAUUUCCUGUCCUUUUGGUAGUUCACUUCCAUCUUAUGCUGUCGAUGCAAAGCGAGAUCACAGUGGGCCAGCUCCUAUGGUAACAAGAUGGACAAUAUUGUGCCUGGACCUACAACACAUCUUGUCUAACUAUCUGAACAGAAAGUUUUUGUAUGUGAAGUCCUUUAAAUUGUGUGCCAACAUGAUUGUUAAGAAUGUUUUCACCAGUGACCAGCUCUAUGACCCUGAAUUAACACUACUUGAAGCUAAAGACAAGGGUCUUUUGUCACACAACAUUUGCCCUUUGCCUAGAGAAAUGAAUUUUCCUAUUGGUAAAGGAGAGAGCUGGCAUGAUUUAUACGACUUAAUCAGGUUUCCAUCUGAAGGCAGUAAACAGCCUUUUGAUAUAAUUCAAAACAGUGGCUCAAAAGCAAAAUUUGGGAAAUUAGGUGAAGGUGAUGCAGGCCACAACCCUUUGAGGGUCCAGUCUAAAGCAGUCAAUGUUAGUAAAUGUGUGUCUGACAGAGUGUCUAUGAUCCACAAACUCACAGCUCCAAAAGAGAAACCAAAAGUCAGGAAUGUGACAAAAGAGUUACCUGAGCUUGUGUUGGGUUUGAAUGACAAUUUCAGUGAAGAGAUACAUGUGUUUGCUCAUCCAGGAAAACAUAAAGAAUUGAAAGAGGGAAAGAACAUGAAACAAAUAUUUCCACCUUCUGAACCACUGCCAUCAUAUAAGGCCCUGGAGCCAGAUCCCAUAAUGAAGUUAAAGAGAAUCAUUGGAUUCGGUGGUGCUACCUUUCGCGAUACUCUUUGGUCAAGUGAUGGUAAAAGUAUUGUUUACCCAUGCCAUGCUGUUAUAGUUUCUAUGAAAAUUGAUACGGGUCAACAAAGAUUUUUCAUCGGACACACAGACAAGGUGUCUUGUAUUGCCUUCACCGCCAACUCAAGCCUUUUAGCUAGUGGUCAGACUGGUCAGAUGAGUGCUGUUAGGGUGUGGAAGUAUGCCUCAGGAGAGUGCCUUAGUAUUGGGAAAGUUCAUGAUCAUUCACUGAGCUCUCUUAGUUUUUCUACCAAAGGAACUAUUCUGUGUGGCCUUGGAAAAGAUGGACUGGGGAAAAAUCUUGUGGUAGUGUGGAACACUUCAAAGGUUUCAAAAAGUCGAGAAAUUUCUGUCCUGGCCAAGGCCCACACUGAUGUUGACAUAACUCGUAUUGUUAUAGCUCCAUUUGAUGACAUGAGAAUGGUGUCGUGUGGUAGGGACAAUGUUCGAGUGUGGAGGAUCAAGGAAGGUGCCCUGAGAUCAGCCCCCAUGAACCUAGGAGAAUACCACUCUAUGGAGUUCACAGACAUCUGCUUUGAGUUUUCUCACACAGACUGCCAGCCAGAGAAUCAUCUAGUCUACACAUGUACAAAGUCAGGGCACAUAUUUGAGAUGGACUACCACAAAUUGUUGAUACAUCAUGUCAGACGGUUGUUGCCCCUGCAGAACAAGUCUGGGAAAGCUAACAAGUUACAGAACUCUAAUGAGUCGGGUCCCAUGUCAAUUAACUCCAUGCAUCUCAAUGAAACUUUCUGUGUAACUGGCUCUGAUGAUGGAUUUCUUAGACUUUGGCCAUUAGAUUUUGCCCAUGUCUACCUUGAAGCAGAGCAUGAAGGCCCUGUGACCACUACUCGUCUCUCUGCUGAUGGUCUAAAGAUUAUUGCUGGAACCUCUUCGGGCAACUUGGGUGUAUUAGAUGUGUCCACUAGACAAUAUACAACUAUCAUGCGCUCACACACAGGUCGUAUCCUCUGUUUUGCUGUUGAUCCGAUGCGCAAACAUUUGACUACAGUCUCAGAAGAUUUUACUAUUCGUGUAUGGGACAUUGAGACCCUACAACAGUUGUAUGACUUCAGUGCCCCUGAUGAGUGCCCCUGUUGCAUCAACUACCAUCCAACCAAACAGAUUUUCGCCUGUGGGUUCCACAGUGGCACAAUAAGAAUAUUUAAUGUCGAGACUACAUCUUUACUCGCAGAACACAGACAACUGCGAGGUCAGGUCACAGGUUUAGCCUAUUCACUGGAUGGUCAGCGUCUGUUUGGCUGCUGCUCCCUGGGGGUGGCUUCAGUUUUUGAUGCCUCAACACCUGAAUACAAGGUGAUAAGAGUGGUGGCUGGGCUGGUAGCUCGGGGUGAAAAGUACGGACCACAGGCUCUUGCUGUGAGUCCAUGUGGCAGGCGGGUGGCCUUUGUUGGUCCAACAGAUCUCACAGUGACUGUAGCAGACGCUAAGUGUUUGGAUGAGUUAUUAAGAAUAGAUGUGUCUAAUAUGGGCUUGGGGUCCACCUGUGUGGAUUCUGCUGAGAGAGUCACAUUCUCACCCACAACCAAAGGUCAUCUUCUGGUCACCACAAUAAACAACAAGCUCAAAAAGUAUGAGGUCAGGACAGGUCGUCUGCUGCAAGAGAUUGAUCAUGUGCACCGUUCUGGUUGUAGCGCCAUCACAGUUUCCGACUGCGGCAACUACAUGGCUACAGGAGGUGACAAAACUAUCAAAAUCUGGAGCUACGAGAUGAAUCUGGACAUAAAUUUUCAGGUGUUUAUAGGCCACAGUGAAAAUGUCAGCAGGAUCCAUUUUACACCUGACAGGCUGAACCUGAUUAGUUCAGGUGAAGCUGUUUACAUCUGGGACUUUCUGGUGGAGAGGUCACCCACACCACCCCUUGUUGGACGAAUGGUACUGGAAGAUAUCGAUGAAGUGGCCUCUAAUGCAGAGACAAUGAGUAUUGUGGACGAGCCACCCGAGCCUGUCCAACAGCGGCCAAGUUUUCCCAGACCAAAGACAACCAAAUAUGUGUCUCCACACUCUGAUGAUAUUGACUGCCUUAGUUCUAUACAUGAUGGGAGUGAUGAGGAUGAUCAAAAACAAGAUCCUGAUCAAUAUCGGAAUGUGGUUGCCUUCCCACCAGCCAGCAGAGACCGUCCAUUUCCCAUCGGUAUUGACCAACUCCGGCAGUCUCUCAGAACAAACCAGGACAAGUCAGACAGAGAAGAUGUCCACGCCUGGUCUCAGACGGUCAACAACAACCAUGUCCAACGGGACAGACUGAAGGAAGUUCAUCUCAACAAGACUGUCACUGAUUCGCCUUCACUGCCCUCUGUUUUUGUGCACCAUAAACAAAGAGAGAAAAGUUGUGGGCUAGCACAGAGAAGGUAUACAGCACCACCCAACCAGGCUGGGCUUAGACUCAAGUCUGUGAUUGGCUUCAACUGUAAUGGCAGGGACAACAUGGUCUGGCAUCCUGAUACAGGCUACUUUGCCUACUCAUCAGGCUGUGUAAUUGUAGAGGAGGAUCUAAAGACUGGGGACCAAAAGUUUUUACUUGGCCAUACAGAAGAGAUAUCAUGCUUAGCUCUUCAAAACGACAGCAUGUUUCUGGCUUCAGCUAGUCCAGCUUUCCAGGGCUCACCCUGUCAAAUUAUUAUCUGGGACACCCAGACGCGUGUGUGUAGGAGGACCCUCUCUCAUCAUAAGUUUGGUGUUCAGUGCAUGGCAUACUCUAGAGAUGAUCGGUUCCUUAUAUCCAUAGGAGAUUAUAGAGACUCCACAGUAUGUGUUUGGAGCAGUGACACCUACAACCUGCUGGCACAGAAUGUAGCAGCCUCUCCCAUACAUGCUGUCAGGUGGGACCCCUUCACUGUCAACGAGUUUGUUUCUGUGGGGGAGGAUGGCACACUGCUGUUUUGGCUGCUGGAUGAGACUGUUUCUGAUGUCUGUCUCAAUGUUCAUGAAGCUGAGGUGCCCAGGGAAUUGGAUUCUAAGGAUGGCAAGCCUGUAGUGUUCACAUCAUUAGCCUAUGCUAGUGACAGCACGGUCUACAUUGGCACCAACACAGGGCAGGUCUCAGCAUGGGACACGCGUCACAACACUUGUUUCAUGCACUGGGAGGCUGACACUGGAGAAAUCACUAAGCUUGUGUCCCGACACAGCAGACUUAUGACAGCAAGUGUCAGCAACACACUGAGGCUGUGGGCAGUGGACAGUGUGGGGGACAUGAAGGUGGCCAAGAUCUCACAGAAGGCCUCCACUGGCCUGACCAUGGAGGACGAGAUGGCCCUGGAUGGCCCCAUCACCUGUGCUGAGUUUGAUGAUCUACUGGACAUGGGCAUUGUGGGAACAUCUUCAGGGACACUAUGGUAUAUCAACUGGUCAGAGAGAACCUCCAUACGCUUAGUCUCUGGUCACAAGAACAAGAUAAAUGGGGCAGCUUUUGCUCCAAAUAAUAUGAUGGUCACAGGGGGAGAUGAUGGCAGUGUGAGAGUGUGGUCACUUAAAAACAAGGAGCAGGCUCUACAGUUCCAGGUUAUAGACCAGUCCUGUACAUGCCUGGCUGCAGGGCCUGUGGAGGGGGCCGAGGCCUCCCUCCCUCUAGUGGCCUCGGGCUACAGUGAUGGGACCGUACGCGUGUUUGAUGUCAACAAGGUGGAGAUGUUACUCAAGAUGCGCCCACACGCCGUCACAGUUACAGCCAUAGCUUUCUCUGCUGAUGGUGUGAUGCUGUUGUCUGGAGGAAGUGAUGGUCUCAUAGCUGUGAGUAGCCCCACCACUGGCAUGACUGUCCGAGUUAUUACUGACCACAGGGGGGUGGCCAUUUCAAACAUUGAUGUGACUUUAACCAAGGAUAUAGAUGUUGGAGUUACAGCCCCUACCCUAUGGCUAGCCAGCAGCAGAGACAGGAGGGCCAGUGUGUGGUCAGCUGACUGGUCCAAAGAUUUUUGUGAGCUUGUUGAUUGGUUAACUUUCCCAGCACCCGCUCAUAUGCCAGAUGGUACUCGAAUUAAAAGGCAUGACAAUGACCACUACAUUCAACUGCCUCCCACUUUGGCCAAGUUUUCACCGGAUGAUGCGGACACCAUUGUGUACACUGGAUAUGGGAUGGAGAAAUGUGUACAUUUUUACAGCUUGACACAAAGAAAGGUCGUGAGGUCAGUCAACUUAACCCACUGGGGUCAAUGUUUGGAUGUCUCACCUGACUCAGCUCUCAUAGCUGUUGGAGUCUCAGAGCGCUUGUUGAAACUGAUGGACUACAAUGAGGGAAGUUUCCAAGAUUUCACAGGCCACAGUGAUGCUGUCAGCUUGACCAAGUUCUCCCUCAGUGGUUCAAUGCUCCUGACUGUUGCACACAAUGAAAUGUUCAUAUGGGAGGUUACUCUGUGAUCUUGUAUUUAUUUCCAGCAGGAUUGUCUACCCUAGAUAUGUCUGAAUAAGUUUGUUCAUUACUUUUAAAAGUGCAUCGCUGUGUCAAAAUGUAUACAGAAUGUUGAAAUGUAAUUUAUUUUCUUUAAUUUUUUUAAUUUUCUUUUUAUUAUUCAUGAAUCCUCUAAAAUAUUCUCUCCCCUGAACUUUACUGCCAAUUUGAACAAAUAUUUGUGGUCAUU